AUGCUCGUUCCCCCCCCAUGCGCUCCCUCCACUUCCCCCUUCACUAUCACUCCCCUUCCUCGUCGCGUUCUCUCCCCUUCCCCCUCGCUAGCGUGCUUGUUCCCCCCCCAUGCGCUCCCUCCACUUCCCCCGUCACUAUCAUUCCCCUUCCUUGUCGUGUUCUCUCCCCUUCCCCUCGCGCGCGUGCACUUUCCCCCCCCAUGCGCUCCCUCCACUUCCCCCUUCACUAUCACUCCCCUUCCUCGUCGCGUUCUAUCCCCUUCCCCCUCGCUAGCGUGCUUGUUCCCCCCCCAUGCGCUCCCUCCACUUCCCCCGUCACUAUCACUCCCCUUCCUCGUCGCGUUCUCUCCCCUUCCCCUCGCUAGCGUGCUUGUCCCCCCCCCAUGCGCUCGCUCCACUUCCCCCAUCACUCGUGCUUGUUCCCCCCCCAUGCGCUCCCUCCACUUCCCCCGUCACUAUCACUCCCCUUCCUCGUCGCGUUCUCUCCCCUUCCCCUCGCUAGCGUGCUUGUCCCCCCCCCAUGCGCUCGCUCCACUUCCCCCAUCACUGUCACUCCCCUUCCUCGUCGCGUUCUAUCCCCUUCCCCUUGCUAGCGUGCUCCUUGCUCGUUCUCCCCCCAUGCGCUCCCUCCACUUCCCCCUUCACUACCACUCCCCUUCCUCGUCGCGUUCUAUCCCCUUCCCCUCGCUAGCAUGCUCGUUCCCCCCCCAUGCGCUCCCUCCACUUCCCCCGUCACUAUCACUCCCCUUCCUCGUCGCGUUCUAUCCCCUUCCCCUUGCUAGCGUGCUCCGUGCUCGUUCCCCCCCCAUGCGCUCCCUCCACUUCCCCCGUCACUAUCACUCCCCUUCCUCGUCGUGUUCUAUCCCCUUCCCCUUGCUAGCUUGCUCGUUCUCCCCCCAUGCGCUCCCUCCACUUCCCCCUUCACUACCACUCCCCUUCCUCGUCGCGUUCUAUCCCCUUCCCCUCGCUAGCAUGCUCGUUCCCCCCCCAUGCGCUCCCUCCACUUCCCCCGUCACUGUCACUCCCCUUCCUCGUCACGUUCUCUCCCCUUCCCCCUCGCGCACGUGCACUAUCCCCUCUCAUGCGCUCCCUCCACUUCCCCCGUCACAAUCACAAUAG